ACCCGCAUGAUUGCCGCGACUGGUCUUCGGGCCUGCCUUCUGCAUCUCCGCCAAUCGGACCUAUGCUGCCAGACGGAAGUGCCCAGCCCUCUAAUCUUAGCCUCCCGCCGAACAUAUCGCCACUUUCUCCAAGUGCUUCCACGUAUUUGCGAUGUCGUCCGGAGUCAACCUUGGCCCACGACCCGACGCUUGAACAGCAGUGCCGUUUAUCCCACACACUGCUCGAAAGACGCAAAUCAUACCCCACUCAUAGCCUUACUUCAUCUCCGUCUUCAUUGUUGAUGGCCUUGCCUCCCCGGUCGGGCAGUAAGACGCAAUUUCGGCCAUUGUCACGGGCUGUUCCGCAUCAUCUUGAGACGGCCAAUAUCCCCAUUAAGCCGAGCCUUGCAUUGCCUAGUGAACCCAACCAACUCUAUCCGGGCAAGAUACCCUCCAUACCUGUGCCGACAUCGUCUAAACCCAAUUCUAUCUCCAGAUUUAUUGCCAGCAAAAGAGAUGAUUUUGCUGCCAGCACAAAUGUGACUCAGCUCGACAACAACAAAUUGAAGAUUGCUCGCCAGAUGACCGCCUUUCGGCUUUGUGGCACUCAAAUGCCAUCGGACUGCGCCCCAUCCUUCAAACGACGUUCGCUUUCUGCAGUCAAUCCACGCCAGGCUGCCCAUCUGACUGACGUGUCCAGUUGUCAGCCCUACUACAUCGCUCAGACCAAAUCGGAUGCUACAAGCUCCAGCACGUCUACUAACGCCAUCUCGGCUUCUUCGUCACCUCAGAAAAUCUCGCAGGUUUAUCCUGCUCCUCCACCUCUUCUUGUAAAGCCUCAUAUUAUGAAGGCGCCACUGUCUUCUUCGCAAUCCUUAAGCUCGCGUUGUUCUCCUGCCGACGAAAUGCCUGGCUCUGUCAGAGACACGCCGAGUGCAUCCCUGCCUCCC